CUCUUCCUGUUUGACGACAUUAACAUCGCUAUGAGUACUUUGCGACUUCAGAAACGUUUAGCUUCGGCUGUACUGAAGUGCGGUCGCAAUAAAGUCUGGUUGGAUCCCAAUGAGGGCAAUGAGAUCGCAAAUGCCAACUCAAGACAACACAUCCGCAAAUUAAUUAAAGACGGUCUUAUCAUUCGUAAACCAGUGGCCGUCCACUCACGAGCUCGUGUGCGCCGCAACACCGAGGCUAGACGUAAGGGCCGACACACGGGUCCCGGUAAGAGAAAGGGUACAGCAAAUGCCCGAAUGCCGGUCAAAGUGUUGUGGGUUAGGCGUAUGCGUGUCUUAAGACGUCUUCUCAAGAAGUAUAGAGAAAACAAGAAAAUUGAUAGACAUCUGUAUCACGACCUCUACCUUAAAGCUAAGGGUAAUGUCUUCAAGAAUAAGAGAGUUCUCAUGGAAUUCAUCCAUAAGAAGAAAUCGGAGAAACAGAGAACCAAACAAUUGAGCGAUUUGGCUGAAGCUCGAAGACAAAAGGUUAAGGAAGCGCGCAGAAGAAGAGARGAAAGACAACAACAGAAAAGAACUGAAAUGUUGAUCACCUAUCAGAAGGAAGAAGAGGCGCUUAAGAAGUAAAUUGUGUAUCAUUUUUGAAAAAGAAAUCAAAUAAAUUGUCUUUUGAUUAAUAA